AUGAAAAAUAAGAUCGAAUCAAUUGAAUCCGAAAUAUUAAAUCUGACAAAUGAAUUAACAGAUUGUGACGACAGAGACGAUCCUAUUUACUCAAAACACUUUAACAAUUCUUGGACUUAUUUUAGAAAUAUUAUAACAAUUUUGAUUACAAUUUUCAUAUAUUUCAAAGCUUUUGGACCAAUAUUAUUAGUUGCAAAUUUCACAGGAGAAGAUAAAUAUUGGCAAGAAUUUAAAUUAGGAGACUUUGAAAAAUUAAAAAAACUAUUAGAAGAGAAUCCCGGGCUUUAUCAAAGAAUAAAAAAUUUAAAUAAUAAAUAUCAAAACAUCAUUUUAAAUAGAUUAAAGGAAUAUGUAGAGAAAUUCAAUAUGCUUACUGGCACUUUGAAGGAAGAUAUUGACCUCGAUGAGUCUAUAUUUUAUGAUGAUCAUCAUGUGAGCAAAGAAAGAAGUACACCAAUAAAUAACACCACAGAACCAAUGGCAAUGGAAUUAGACAAUGAUACUAGACCUUUAUAUAAUAGGCCUUUGAACCCCAAUUCUUCGAGAAUCUUAAAAUACAAUAAUCAGAGAGAACAUACUCCUAUCCAAACAAAUUUUCAGCUUGAAAACUUAUCAAAAGAUCUACUUAAUAAAGAAUCACCCAAAACACCAGCUAGCUUAACUAUCCUCCUCUUGUUAAGGUUCAGAUGCUUGAAAAGCCCUGCCUCGGUAAUAACUUCAAUUAUUUUGAAUGAAAAGCAAUUUUCGAAAGGUUCAAGUAUUUAUAAUUUCAAUGCAUCUAGUAGACUUCCAAGUCCUCCAUUAGUUGAUGAAAAUGAAGAAUUGAAUACCCAU